AUGAAAAGAGAUAAUAAAUCAAUGGAUAGAAAUGUUAAAAAUAGAAAUAUUUUAGGAUAUGAAGAAGAAGAAAAUUUUAAAAAUAGUUUAAAUGGAUAUAAUAAUAAUGACAGUGGUAAAAUAAAUUCAGAACAGCUUUUUUUACAACAAAAUGAUCAAUCUAUUGAAACUAUGAAUCAAAAAGUGAAAAUUUUAAAUAGGGUUGUUUUAGAUAUAGAAUCACAAGUACAAGAAAGUAAUUCACUUUUAGAUAGUUUAGAUACAGAUAUGUCAGGUGCUCAAGCAUUACUCUCAAAUACAAUGAAAAAACUUUCAGAUUUAUCAAAAACAGCAACAAGUGGUCAUAUGAUAAUGUUAAUUUUCUUU